CGCGCUGCGGAAGGUCACACUGCUGGCGGUGGUUUGUUUUAAUUUUAGUUAGUUGCUUGUUUUAAAAGCCAGCCGCCCGAGGGCCUCCAGACAGGAGCCACCGAUGGACUACCAAUAUUACGACGAGGAGAGCGACUACAUCGACGUGGACGAUGGGGACGAGGACGUGGAGGACGACCCGUCGGACUUCACAUACGACGAUAGUCUGCGGGAGGAGGACUACUACGGCGGAGGAUACGAGGAGGAUGGGAUCCAACUGCCAGAUGGCUACCUGGAGAUCCUGCGCUCCUGUGCCCAGCCCUCGCUGCUGCAGGUGAUCCAGUAUGUGGCGCCCAUGCUGGUCGUGUGCCUGGGAUGUCGUCUCCUGUGCUCCCUCCAUGCUGGGAGAAGAAAGAUCCAGCCAGGAGAGGCUGCCUCCGCGGGCAGCAUCUCAAUCCCCCUGCACUUGAUCCACCUGGCCAGUGGCCUGAUGAUCCUCUAUGUCACGUUGAGUCAUAGACUAGCUCUGAUCCUCCUGCUAUCGGUUGUGGGCUAUGUGCUGCUCCAGCUGGCCCGCCUGGGCAGGAGGGGAGCUGUCAUCCUGGCCUUUGUCACCAUUGGGAGUCAGUUUAUCUACGAGCUCUUGAUCUGGCGACAGAGGAGCGACUGGUCACAGCUGCGGGGCAUCCAAAUGGUGGUCAACAUGAAGUUGAUCUCUCUGGGAUUCGAUUUAACGGCGACUGGGACGGCCAAGUCGAAGACCAUUCGAGUGCCCAAUCCUCUGGUCUACUUGGGUUACAUCUUCAGUCCAGCCACCUCCUGCCUGGGUCCUUGGAUCAGUUUCGCCAGCUACCUAGACAGCCUGGUGCCCCGGAAUUCUUGGCUAGUGACGCUGCGACGGCUGCUUCCCAAUCUGGUCCUCUGCCUGGUGGCCCUGGUGGUGUCCAACUGCAUAGCUCCCUUCCUGGGCGAGCUGUUCGCAUUCUCCUCCCACUUCCUGGGCAUGUACUUCGAGGCGAUGAGUGUCCGGAGCAGUCACUACUUUGUCAGCUUUAUAGCCCAGGCACUGCUGGUGGCCAGCGACCAGGGCACGGAGAACGAGUCACAGUGGCUGGGACCGCUGGUCACCCAGCCGUGGCGCAUCGAGUGGCCCAGAUCCAUUAGCUCCCUGGUCCGGAGCUGGAACAUUCCCAUGCACGAGUGGCUAAAGCGGUACGUCUACGGGCCCUGGAAGAAGGAGGACGGAUCCAAGGGACGCACCAUCCUGGCUGUGCUAUGUACUUAUCUGGUUUCCAGCCUGCUGCACGGCAUGGAUCUCCGCAUCUACCUGGUGCUCAUCUCGCUGGCCAUCUUUGGUGAAGGUGAGGUCCUUCUGAGGCGACACAUUUCCAGCGUCUUGGAUGCCUGCCUGUCGGCGAAUCGUUGCCGGGGAAGAGAUCGGUGUCGUUAUGCCAACUGCCCCAAGAAGAGGAACUGGCUUUGCUUCCGAUCCUGCCUCAUCCGAUUAGCCAACCUGGGAUUCACGGCUCUCACCAUCUUCCAUCUGGCCUACUUGGGUGUUGUCCUGCUGGGUGAGUCCCUGGAAUCCAGCGACGAUCACGAAUCCUUCCUGGCGCACUGGCAGCGUGCCGGCUAUCUCAGCCACUACAUCGGCGUUGGAACCUUCGUCCUUUAUCUCUUCAUCUCGUGAAGAGCUUCACCGCCAGCGAUCUCCACAGGAGUCUCGGAUAUAUAAUCUCGACAUGACUGAUCUACUCGUAUUCGUAGCAUGUACUUUGUAUUGGUAUUCGCUUCCUGCUCUUGUACUUUUUGUAUUUUUGUAUCUCGUAUCUUGUAGUUGGUGUAUCUAGUGUGCUUGUGCUUAAAAAUAAAACAAUUCUGUGAAACAGA